AAGACUUUUCUCUUUUUUUCAGGUGAUACUGUCACUAUUGGAGAUGUGUCUUUUAAACUCAAAACACCGAAGAACCCAGAACUUGUUCCACAGAAUUACAUGACAGAUUCUUUGGCCCAGUCUGUAGUACAGCAUUUAAGAUGGAUAAUGCAGAAGGAUCUUCUCGGCCAGGACGUCUUUCUUAUUGGACCUCCUGGGCCCUUGCGACGGUCCAUUGCCAUGCAAUAUCUGGAACUGACAAAGAGAGAGGUUGAAUAUAUUGCUCUAUCAAGGGACACCACUGAGACAGACCUCAAACAGCGACGAGAGAUCCGAGAUGGCAGUGCUUUUUAUCUUGAUCAGUGUGCAGUUCGUGCAGCUACAGAAGGACGAAUCCUUGUGUUGGAAGGUUUGGAGAAGGCUGAGCGCAAUGUCUUGCCUGUGUUAAACAAUUUGCUGGAGAAUAGGGAAAUGCAACUUGAAGAUGGACGUUUUCUCAUGUCAGCAGAACGUUAUGACAAGCUUCUGCAGGAUCAUACAAAAUCAGAGUUGGAUGCAUGGAGGAUUGUUCGGGUCAGUGAAGAUUUUCGUGUAAUAGCAUUGGGUUUGCCAGUACCUAAAUAUUCUGGUAACCCUUUGGAUCCUCCCCUUCGCUCUAGAUUUCAAGCUAGAGAUAUUUAUCAUCUGCCUUUUAAGGACCAUCUUCAGCUAUUAUAUUCAAUUGGAUCAAACAUUUCUGCAGAGAGAAUUUCUCAGAUCCUGUCUUUUGCUACAACUCUCUGCUCUCAAGAAUCCUCUACACUGGGACUUCCAGAUUUUCCUUUAGACAGCUUAUCUGCUGCAGUUCAGAUUUUGGAUUCAUUUCCUACGAUGUCAGUCCAGCACGUUAUUGACCGGCUUUACCCCUAUAAUGUUUUCCUUGGAAAGGAAGGCAGAACUGCAGUCAAAGAUGCAUUAAAACGUUUUGAGCUCCAAGACUCAAACAAGCAAUUGCGCCCAAGGCGGAUUACAAAAGUUGAAAGUGUACCAGGAAACAAACCCUUCAAGGCCGACGUAACUGUACAGAUUGGUGAAAGUGAAGUGACAUUCCAGGUAAUUACAUAUUCCUAAAACUAUACGUAGUUU